AUGAAGAUCACCGCUCUCGUAUCCUUGGCUGCCGCUGUCCUAGUCAUCGCCGAAGCUUCGCCUCUCAGGAGCCCCCCAAGACACGGUCAUGCUAUUCCUCUGGAACGCAACCCCAACUACAAGCACAACACCAAGGCUCAGAUCAACAAGAUGAACUCCCGUUAUGGCAACAAAGCUGGCACCCGCAUUCAGGCUGGAUCUAGCGGCCGUGUUCCCUUGACCAACGUCAAACACGACCUUGAGUACUACGGCAGCGUCUCUGUCGGAACCCCUGCUCAGGUUGUCAAGCUGGACUUUGAUACUGUGAGUAUCCCCCCAAAAAUUGACGUCCGAAACGCAUUACGCUUGAUCAAGACUACUCACAUUUCGACUGCAUAUUAA